CUGUUCUACAAAAAUGUAGCUGUUGGUGCUUUUUGUUUGUUUCCUGUUUGUAUGUUGCAUCGUGAAAGUAUUUACAAAUACCCGCACAUGCACUCUGGCUGUAUGGAGGCAGUUCUACUGAUGUAAAUAACUAAUGUUGCUGUUUGGAAGGAGGAGAUAAUAAGUAUUACCUCUUUUACUAUCCCAUUUACUGGUGCUGCAAUCAUGAGCGCAAAGAAGGCAGAAUCCAAAGAUAUUGAAUAUCAACCAGGCGAUAUUGGAAAGAAAAUCGGCAAGGCUAAACACCUUUCCAGCAGCGUUCUCCCCUUCGCUGGGUUGUUCGAGGGCGUAUCACGACCUUCUGGCCGCUUGGUAGUGUCGACCUCGGCUCCAUUGCCACCUCCAGUAUCUGACGAAGCUGCCAAGGGAACUGGAAGUGUUUCUGCCAGCGAUCGUCAUGCUGUAUCAGGUGAUGCAGCAGCAUCAGGUGCUCUUGGAAAAAAGCCUGGGGCGCGAAACAGAAAGAAGAAGGAAAGGGCUUCUGAUCCCGAACGUGACCAGCGGACUUUAUUCAUCAGUAAUUUACCAGUGACGUAUUCCCAGAAACAACUAUCGCGUCUCUGCAGCGAGUAUGGCCUCAUCUCGUCAGUCCGAUUCCGUUCUGUUGCCAUUUCCAGUGCGGAAAAGUCGCGCAAGGUGGCUGUAAUGAAGCGAGAGUACGACACGGAGCGAAAUGUUAAAAAUGGCUAUGUUGUCUUCUGCGAGGAAGAUGGCGUGCAGAAGGCGCUGGCUCUCCAGAACAGAGUGAUUGAAGGCCGUCACAUCAGGGUGGACGUUGCUUCCGGCUCUGGCCAUGACUACAAGUCCAGUGUGUUUGUUGGCCAUUUGCCGCCAAAGGCAGACGAAGAAAGUGUGCGAGCAUUUUUCGAGGAGAACUGUGCUCCUGUGGUCAGCGUCCGUCUGAUCCGUGACUCAAAUGGCGUGGGCAAAGGCUUUGGCUAUGUGAGAUUUGUGGAAUCCAGCAGUGUCCUUCUUGCACUCAAAUGCCACCAGUCCGAGUUCCAAGGCAGGCAAAUUCGAGUGUUCAAGGCGAGAAAGAACUUCACCAGCACACAAGCCAAGCCCGAGGACAAAUCCCGGCGCAGCUUUGCCGGUGAGUAUGCCAAGAAGGGAGACAAGAAAGCCAAAAACUUCCAACGUCCGGCAGGUAGUGGAAAGCCGAAACAAAAGAAGCAAAACAAGAAAUCGCAGCAGGUGAAGCAAAUGAAGAAGGAGAAGCGAAUGCAGAACAUUGAGAAGCGGUCGGCCGCAAAGUCUCGCGUCAAGCCCAAGCAGUCCUGAUGCUACAGCUGAGUCAACCAGAGUGAGCAUUGCAUCCCGUUUCUGUUGUCUAUCAUUGACCUGGUGUGUGGGGUGCUACUCGCGUGCGGUGCAUUGUAAACACGACAGCACGUACAUAGGCAGUGUGAUGUCAUCUCCUCUUCCACGCUACUCUGGUGUGUAUUCUCUACUUGCUGGCCUGCUCUAGGGUACUUGUUACUAGUAUAGUAGUAAUGUUGUUGAUAUGAACCUUACUGCGUGUACAUGUCAUGCAGUGAGUUAAGUCACGUUUCAGCAAUGAUUUCAAGCCUGUCCAAGAUGCAGGUACAUAACCGUUAACGCCUAGCAUUCCAGCCAGUACGCAUUCCACAUACAGUUUUUCCAUGCAGCGCAGUGCGCCUUGAUGCUACUGCUUACAAUAAUCUACAUGUAGACGUGCAUCUGUUGUGUUGUUCUUCAUCACGACUAGUGGGUACUGUGACACGGAUCUCAUAGCAAUGACACUGCUACACGUUCGGUAUUGA